UCUCGUGUGUUCAUUCGAUUUCGACGAAAAUGACAGAAUCUCAAAUUUUCGAUAUAAAUCCCAAGAUAAUUCAGUACGAGCAGUUUCUAAAUGAGGUUUUGAGGAACGACUUAAAAAAGGUCCUUGAUGAACGUGAUGUUACGUAUCAGAAAAUAGCCGACUAUCUUCAGCUAAAGACCGCCGUGGAACAAAUCAAGGAAUCCGACUUGAAUGGUGGCCCACUGAAGACGAAAGUGGAUUUAGGAUGUAAUUUCUAUGUCCAAGCAAAAGUCCCAGACACGUCCAUGAUAUGUGUCUGCGUUGGGUUCGGGUUCUACGUGGAGAUGACUAUGGAUGAAGCAUUGGAUUUCAUCGACAAAAAGACAUCUUUCCUUAAAAUGUCGGUCGAUCAACUGACAAAAGAUGCUGCCAAGGUGAAGGCACAUAUCAAACUCGUCCUUGAGGGUUUGAGAGAACUUCAGAAUAUCAGCAGCCAUGACCCAAGGCCACCACAAAGGGAUAUCUUUCUUUAGAGAACUGGAAGAUACAGCUGUGCUUAUUUACAUUCCGGGUGCCCUCGUCCUGUUACCUGGUACAGAGGAAGGACGAUUAGGAUGACAAAAUGGACUGCAUAGAAGUCCAUGUUUAUUGGUCCUGAUGCAUUUUUGCAGUAAUACGAACGGAUUUGGAUGGUUUUUUUUCAGGAAGAUUAGUGUCAUUAGAUAUGAAAACAAAAUGUUAAACACAAGAACAGGUCUGCAACUGUAAAUACUGUACAUUCAUUUUAUUUUGAUAAUA